UUGCUUACAUCGGCAUUCUCCAAUUUCCAUUGACAGAUCAUAGAUUUUUUAUUUUCGCUGUUUGGCACGUUUUUCUGUUGAAUGUCUUCGUUUUGUUGUCGUCGAAGCAACCAUAAGAAACUCGACACGAAAAACAUUUGAAAUGCCGUGCGAGUGAAACAAUUUAAUAUUCGCUAUCAUCAAAACCACAACCAGAUUAGUUCGUGGUCAAGAAAAAAUAUCACAAAAUUGUUAAAAAAGCUCACUGAAAACCUUUUUUUUUAACAAAAUCAGCAUUUGUUGUUUUUGGCAACGCUAUAAAACUUGAGUCACUUCACUAGAAACACGUCGACAAGUGAUGAAUUCUGCUGACUCAAUUGCUGCGUGGCCUUAAAUUGCAAUUUGCAAGCAUUCAAUAAGGAACUUUGUCUUCAACUUUAUCAUUUUAUUGUCAAUUGACUUAGAAAAGAGACCUCAGGGAAUUUUUAAAUUGCUCAUACUUUGUGAUAAAAAGUAUUACAAAGGCAUCUCACGCUGAGUUUUUUGUUUAUUCGGAAACAUAUUGUGGAUAAUUCGAGACCUUUACAGAUAACACAUAACAAAACGAAUCGAUAGUGAAGGGGAAAUAAACAAAGCAUGGUCAUAACUUUAUGACUUAAUUCCAUCUUUGUUUAGCUUUUGUUAUCAGCACGAUUUGCCGGCGCUCAUUUAUGUUCGAUUUUCACAUGUCAAAUGCUUGGAAAUGGAAACUACUCGUGACUAUUGAAUUAAUGAUUAAAUGUAAAUUUUGCACAUGCUUAAAUAGCGGUGAAAGAGCUACAUUGAAGCAAAACGAAGCGAGGUAGUGUCAAUGGAAACCAUAAUCGCAAGCAUUAAAAAAUACGGCACAACAUUCUUUACUUCACAAAACCUGAUUGUCACUGUAGUAAUAAUUAUCGUUUUUACCACGUUAAUUGCAUUUAAAUGAACGCUGUCUUGUUACGUGACACAUUAAUCAGCGUUACGUUUGAUGGGCUGCAACAUAGUCGGUCACCGAUCGGAUAUUGAAUAUGAAUGUAUAUCGUGUCUCAUAAAAUAUUUAACAACCGUUUAUUACAAUCCAAUGACUCUUGAAAACACGUCCAAACAUUUUUUUUUAAUUUUAAUUUGUUUACUUCGCUUUUGAUAAGGAAGAAAUGGAAAUUUUGAAGUGGCACUUCAUGGACACUUCUUUAUAAAUAUUUAAGAUGAAUGAUAGCUGCUUACUUGCGAUCACGAAAAUUUUUUAAAGAUUCAAUUGCCAAGAAGCGCGUUCAAUGUCAAACUUGAACUUGAAAUACUUUUAUGAGCACUCGAAUAGUUUUGUAAACAAAAACUAAACGAUAUGUAAAUGUUGUUCAAUCUACAAAUUGCAGCUGAUGAUUUUUGAGAAGAGAAGAAUUAAUAAUAAAACUCGAAAUUUGACUGAAUACGAUCUAUUGUAUUGUCCCGGAACUGUUCGAUUAAAGUUUAAGAACUGUUCGAUGACUUAUGUAGAAGCAUUACAGGUAAAAGGAGAUGACGUGUUGACGUGUAUUAAUUUAUCACAGCACUUUGACUUUGUUGAUUGAAUUGGACAAUGCCCAUCCACUGUUUCUAUUUUUCAACUUUUAAUAUUUGCUUUUGCGAUUAAAAUGAGGCAAGCAACAAAAUUCACUCAAUUUUUGUUUUCAAAUGUGUGGUGAAUAUUUAUGAUAGCUACGAAAAAAAAAUUGUUGUUUUGAUGACCGAAAUAAAACGUUUUAAAAUACAUAAAGUUUGAAAUAUAAUGCAAGAUUAUAAGACGAGAUACUUUUCGAUGUCAAUUAAUUAACAGGUUGAAGACAUUGAAGCAUAUUCAUGCGGGUUGAACACAAACUAUUUCCUACUUUUUUUAUUUCAUUUAAGACAAGACAAGCUGAGCUCUAGGCUAAGCUGAGCAAAGCAAUGAACAAAAGCUUCAUGAGUGUGAACGUUGAGUGAUUUAAGAAAAUGUUAAUCCUCUCAUUCGAGUCAUUCAACUCGUUAGAUAUUUAGUUUGGUUUGGCGCUUUCAUAGCAAAAUAUUUAGUCAAUGAAAACAACGAUAUCGGCAAAGUAAAGUUGAAAUUUAUUUGCUAAAAAAAAGUAUCGAGAAACGAUGUCUCAUGCGAUCUUUUCAAAUGAAGAAAACAAAAAAUUUCAAACAACUUUACGUUGUGACAAGCAUGAAUAAUUUUCGUUUUAAUGCUUCAUAAUUCCUAAGAACUAAUAAACAUCGCACAUCAAUUGAGAGGUUUUUGGUUUACGCAAUCAACUUGUUGUUAUUCUCUGAGCCGUUGAUUUAAUAUUCCAAGAGUUUAAAGAGAUAAACUUAGUAAUUACUUUUUGUUUUUUGAAGCUUUGCGACCAACGUGACUUAAAUCAAAAUCGCCUUCUCGGCGUUAUAAAAAAAUUCCUUUCGUAAUUUGUUUUCGUCUUUUGCGCAAAUGUCCACACAUUUCUCUAAUAAAUUUUUAUUGUUUUCAUUUUGAAAUCAAGAGAACAAACAACCAAAAAAAAGUGACGAAUUCAGAAAGAAAAAAAGUUUUUCGAAGCUGAUGCUCAAAUCUCACGUUUCAACUUCAAUUGAAUUUAAUAGCUUCAUUCAGCAGAAAAAUAAAAUAAAGAAAAAAAUAUUAAAAUCGAAACGAAAUUCAAAACUUGUGUAGUUUUGGAAAAUAAAUUUUUAUGUCAUCAUCAAUUGAAAAGGAAUUUAUUUUGUGUCAAUCAGUUAACUUGCUUUUGCAUUUUAUCGCUGUCAUCGUCAUUGCUUUUCCUUUUUUUUUUGAUUAUUUUCCAUAAAAUAAGCUUUCUGUGCUUUAAAUUACAAUAAAAACAGUAAAACUUUCAAAUAAACGAGAAGAAAAACGAAUUAAAAUUUAAAAUUCAAUUCGCAGAUUAAACUUGAAGGUAUCCUCGGAGAGAAACAACUGAAACAUGGAGCAACGAAGCUUGAUUUUAAGUAUAAUUGCUAUCUCGUUCACGAUUCUGAUGUUUUCGACAGUCACAGAAGCCUGCUCGUGCUACCCAUCUCAUCCACAGACAAGUUAUUGCAACUCUGAAUAUGUCAUUGUUGCGAGAAUCUUGCGAAAGUCUAACCGACGUAUCAACGGUCAUCAUAUUUAUAAAAUUGAUAUUGUAAAGACGUAUAAAACAACAGAGAAAGCUCAACAAUAUUUGAAGCAAUCACGAUUGAUAACAGCACCCAAUGAUGGAUUGUGUGGAAUAAAUUUCAAGAUUGGACAACUUUACGCAAUUGCUGGAAAUUCUCAGAAAGUUGGUCUGUGUCAAUAUAUCAAAGAGUAUUCGAAGAUGUCACAAGUUGAGAAACGAGGCAUCGCCGGUGCUUAUAAGAAAGGCUGUGGAUGUGAAAUAAAUCUUUGCAUGAACAACAGAGGCUGCGAUUCACCACACACAGCUUGCGAGUGGUCGCUUUAUAAUAAUUGCGAGACAGAUUUUGGAAUUUGCGUGCCUGUCAGAAGCUCAAGAAAGUCAAUAACACAAACGAAAUGCCAAUGGCGACGAAGCCCGUUAUAUCAACAAUGCAUAAACGAUCCUUAAGACGCUUUCAUCCCCAACGGCUUAUUUUGUAAAUGAUGUCUAUAGAAUUUAAUACCCUUGCUAAUUUCUCCUUCAAUUUCAAGCAGUGUUUCAUUAAAUCCCUAGGAUAAGCUUAAAUUAUUUUCUUUUUCAUCCUUUUCCUCGUCAAGGCUUAGACUUUAGUAUAUUUUUAAACGCGAAAUGAGAAAUUGAAAAGAUUACCGGGUAGAUGUAAUUUUGAGAUAUAUAUGAAUAAGAUGAAGAUGAUUAUUUUCGAGAAUAUUUAUUGCCUGCAAACAAGUAAUACUUAGAAUUGCGCAAUGAAAGGUUGAAAUAAAAAGAACAGGAGAUGCUUAUACGAAUAUCUAAUAAAUAUUAUCUGAAUACUGUUUAAAGAAGAUUUGAAAAGAAAUGAUAAAGUUGUUGAAAUUUUUGAGAAGCAUAAAUUGAUAUAGGCAACUUAUGAAUAUUUAAACACGGGAUUAUGAUUUAUUUCGAUUUAUAUCAACAAUGUUGACAUUACGCAAGUUCUACGUAAAUUCACGUUGCAAUUCAACAUAAUCUUGUGUUUACGUUGCGUUGACCCUAUGCUGAUCACGUUGCAACGUAAGUCAAAUUAAAAGCUCAUAAAGAAAAGCUUCAAUUUUCAAUUUUAUUCAACUUCAUAAAAAUUAAUUUUUUAUUAUUGUUAGAAACCUUACAUAGCCACGUGACUUCAUAUUCACAAAAAGCAAGUCUAAUCAACUGAAUUAAAAUAUUAUUUUUUUAUAUAACUGAUGAAUUAUUAAAAAUAUGAGAAAAAUUCUUUUAUUGGAUAAAAAAUUGUUCUCAAUAAAUUAUUAAUUGCGUUUUUUUGUAUUUUAUAGUACAAAUGAAUAGAAGCUAAGAAGAUUAAAUGAUUGACUUAAAAGUCAAUUAAAUAUUUCGAAAAUACUUAUCAACAAACAGUUUUGUUCAACUCUUUCAAUAAGAGAAAUAAAUAGUAAAAAAAAAUAUGAGAUGAAUUUCAUGAGCUUUGUAAUAUUGCACAAUAUAAAUGAAAUCAAAAUAAAAUAAAACAAUAAAUAUUUAAGUAAACUGAGCACAC